AUGAUUCCAGAAACUGUGGCCAGACGGGAAGGAUGCACGAGACAACUAAAGCGCUUUUCCAAACCAAAACACCCGAAGAUCAAAAACUAUAUGGGAGCUACAGAAGAUGCAGAUGAUGUUGAGGAAAUUAGUGUGACGGAGGUGAUAGCUGAAAUGGAAAGUAGUUUAUCCCCGAAUGUGGAUGUGAAACCGGCAAUACAUCAACCCUCGCCGCCGCAAUUUAUAGAAGACGAUCAGAAACCCUCUACAUCCACAAUCGAACCAACGACAGAAGUACCUGAACAAAUUUCUAAUAUUAAAAUAGAACUUCCGGGCACAACGGGUGCCAUUAGCGACUUGGGCCUGAUUUUCGAUGCUCCAUCUACCAGCACCGCUUUGGCACUUCCAAAUCUUUUAGCAGUGAAUCCUUGCCCUUCAACGCUUGAAUUGGUAGCUGAUCUUCCUGGGACGUCUUCAAGUAUAGCAGGAAAUAACUUCGAUUUUGUUGUGCCAUCGACAUCAUACCCGGAUUUGAAUCUGCUGCUCGAUUUCCCAUCAACAAGCACCUCACUCGUGCUCCCACCGUUGUUAGGAAUGCGACCAUCCAAUCCUGUGGAGAGCCCACUUCUUUUCAACGACCCCACGCAGAGCAUAACGGCCAAUUUGUUAAAUUUAUAUCGUAUUUGUACACAAGAUUCACCGACAGCAUUUGCGCAGCCAUUCCCGGUGAAUCUGGAUUUGGGUGUGGCUGACCUGAUCUCAAACCCAACGCUUUUGGCGCCAAGAAUGCCGAUUGGAUUCAACGCCCCAACACCAUUAUCAAACGACCGUGACCAUAUUACGCAAAUGAUUUGGGCCCGAAAAUUAAUGUUCCACGUGGAUUGGCUGCGCGGAAUUCCGGAAUUUUGGGCCCUUGCUCCGCUUGACCAGCAUACGCUCAUCAUCUCGCAGUACACACCAAUGAUUGCGCUACAAAUGAUCUACCAUACCUAUUUGAAUAAUAGUGAUGGGAUUUUGUAUGGGCUCGGAGCGGAAGGCAAUAUGCUUGCAAAUCCUUUAGGAAAUGAAUGUACCACUUUCAACAAUUACAUGAUCGAAUUCUCACACAAGUACGUCAUCUCGGCUUUCCGGGAAAUCAAUUUGUCACAUGAUGAAUACGUCGUCUUCCGGAACGUCUUUGCCUUUAAUACAAGCCUUUUCAUGACGGAGGCCGGCGCGAAGACGGUCAAGGAUGCACACGCAAAAUAUGCAGCCGAGCUUUUGGCUAUUAUGCGCCAAAAGGCGCUUCCAUUCGACUCGGAGGCGAUGCUCGAAAAACGGGUUACAACGCUUUUCGGUGUUCAGCAGCACAUUUUGGCGCUCGCUGCAAAGAACAAAAGCUACUGGGGAGCCGUUUUCGCAUUCAAUUUUGCCGAUCUCCGGGGACCGAUUUCGCAUGAACUUUUCUACAGCCAACCC